AUGCAAACAGUUAGACGUCCCGACGUUGAUUGGACGAUCGUAGUCCUCUGCCCAAGGCAGUAUUCUGACCACAAGCGACAAAGGUCAUUUCUCAGUUAUAUCACCGAAAAAAGCUACUACUACUACUACUACUACUACUACUACUACUACUACUACUACUACUACUACUACUACUACUACUACUACUACUACUACUACUACUACUGCUACUGCUGCUACUGCUGCUGCUGCUGCUUCUUCUACUACUACUACUACUACUACUACUACUACUACUACUACUACUACUACUACUACUACUACUACUACUACUACUAUUACUACUACUACUACUACUACUACUACCACUACUACCCGUAACCAGAAUCCCAUUCCUGUUAUGAGUAAUGAUGACGGCUUAGAGGUAUUGGACAGCACAAAUAAAGCUGAGCAUUUUUCUCAGUUUUUUUCAAUCUGUUUUCACAAGAGAAGCAGAUUUUAUUCCACCUAGUUCUGGAAGCAUGGAGGAUCUGGCUAUUGAAAAUGUUGUGUUUCGAGGAGAAGCGAUUUUAGAAGAACCAAAAAGCUUGGAGGAAUGUAAAUCUCAUGGUCCGGGCGAGAUCCCAGCAAAGUUGCACUCCGAGCUAGCCCGACAGCUGGCCAAACCGCUAUCCUUUCUGUGCCAGAAGUUACUUGAUGCUAAAAUCUUUCGCACAGACUGGAAAACGACCCACAUUACACCGCUUUACAAAAACUGUAGUCCUGUUCUUGCAGCGAACUACAGACCAGCCAGUUUGAAAUCAGUCUGUUGCAAAGUCGUGGAGAAAGCCAUCAAAAGGAGUUUAUGGCUUAUUUGGAAAUCCACAACCUCUUGUCUAAUGCGCAACACGGCUUUGGCAGGAGAAGGUCGUGUGUAACGAACUCGUUAUACACAGUGUAAAGCUGGACUAGAGCACUUGAUGCAAAACACACUGUGAAUGUGGCUUAUAUUGAUUUCCGGAAGGCGUUCGACUGUGUUCCGCACCAGCGUCUCCUGUAGAAGUUGAGAUUGAUGGGCAUCGGAGGUAAAUCUCUUAAAUUGACCGAGAAUUUCCUCGUCGAUCGUUCCCGAACUAUCUGCGUGGAACAACAGCCAUCAAGGCGCACAGUCAUAGAGAGUGAAGUGCUGAAUGCUCGGACCGGCCCUCGUUCUCUUGUUCAUUAAUGAUUAUGUAGAGAAGGUGGACUGUGAUAGUGCUGUGUCUGUGGAUGAUGUAAAAAUCUGGAAGGUCGUCCAGAAUGCUGCCGAUGAGACCGACUUCCAAGAAAAUCUUUGUCGAUAGGACGAGUGGUCCCGGAGAUGGCUCCUGUCAUUAAAUUUGAACAAAUGCACCAUAUUAUCCCUCGGAAACGAGAAUCAGAUCCCUAACACGCGGAGAUACUAUCUGAAUGGAAUGUCGCUCUGAGAAGCAGAAACAUAGACAGAUCUCGGCGUCUGGGUUGCAGACAGCCUUAAGCCUUCUACGCAAUGUUGUAAGGCGACCAAGGCCGCAACUUCAAUGCUAUACGCCAUCGAGCGGACGUUCACGGUUUUCGAUGAAGAAUGCUUCUUCAACGUCUUCGACACGUUUGUAAGGCCGCAUCUUGAAUAUGCAAUCUAGACCUGGCGAUCCUAGACACAGCCGAAUUACAAUCUACUCGAAAGGGUGUAGACGCGAGCCAUAAAAUUAGGGAGAUAUCAGGAUACACUGACAUACAGGAUCUGCUCAAAUAACCUUAAUCGCUAUCCUCUGAGUUCUAGGUAAUUGCGCUGAGACUUGAUGCAAACUUCCCCUAUCGUGCGUGGCAUGGACUGCGCCCUCCGGUGUGACGACUUUCUCCAACUCGCCACUUCAAAUAACCUCCGAUGACAUCUCUUCAAACUACGUAUGCCCCAAGGGAGAUUGGAUGUGAGAAAGUAUUUUUUCUGCAACUGUGUCGUGGAAUCGUGGAAUAACCCUCCCAAGGUGACUAUAAUGUUUAAAUCUGUAGAGGCAGUUAACUAUCGGCUUUAAUGACAUGUGCUGCAGCAGCAUGCGGACUAUGUGACUUUGUAACCAUAAAACCAGUGGCCUAUGUGAAUCGACGUCUACAUUCACUUGAUACUGUAAUUUCUUCAGAUGGUUCCUAAUUUAUCGAUUUUUUUAUGUACAAAUAGGGAGUUCAGGGGCGUUAGUCUAUUUGCCUCAUACACUGACUACUACUACUACUACUACUACUACUACUACUACUACUACUACUACUACUACUACUACUACUACUACUACUACUACUACUACUACUACUACUACUACUACUACUACUACUACUACUACAACUACUACUACUACUACUACUACUACUACUACUUAUUAUUAUUAUUAUUAUUAUUAUUAUUAUUAUCAUUACCGUUAUUAUUAGUAUUCUUGUUCCCCCACUGCUGUCGUCGUACUUUACUGCAGGUUUGUUUACUUUAUCAGAGGAAUCUGCAGCAAUGCAGCAAAUUGACCAUGUUUGUUUGUCGCUACUUUACCCGUGAUGCAGUUCUCCUGAUUAUUUUGCUGGACAAAAUGCGUGCAGUAAAAGGACAUCCUAAUCCAGCGGACGGUUUCACUGGCUCAAUUUUGACCUGAAUCUGCCUUCAGGUCACUGAAUAAUUACCGCACCUGCAAGGUUUAGACUAUUCUAAAAUGAAAGCGACGCACUUUCCGUGCAGAAGCCUUUUUUUUUACUUUUAUGCGCCAUCUUAACUCUCACAUCCAUGUACCCUCAUAAUAACACCUCGCCCGACCUCGCGGGCUCGCGAGACCGGAUGGUUUACUUCGCGCAGCGAGUCGGGUGACUCACCAGCAGUGAUCACGUGCGAGACCGCGGACGGCGGAGGGUGGGGGGGGGGAAGGGGGGGAGGGGUUGGAGCGCGCCUUGACAGGCCCACAACGCGCUGUGCACACGUUACCGCACGACAGGCCUAGCCUCGUCAUCGAAGACAUUUAAGCGCGUUGCCCUCGUAUGCGGCCGUGCAGUUUUUUCAUGAAAAGGUCAGGCCUCCCGAUCGGGAGAUGAACUUAACAUGACUCCUCCUCCCCCCCCCCCGCGCCGCCUCUGUAGCCAAGCCAGGAAAAGCAACCAAGUCACGGAUACAGCAAAACACGAAAGAUAUAUGCAGGUUGGGGAGCUUUUUGCGAAGGAGAAAUAUUUUUGGGCACAUGUUUGAGGUUGUUCCACUUGCUCCUCGUCGAGCAACGACUACCAUCCGCUAGCAUCGGCAGUUGGCAUGGUCCGUUUUGGUAAAAAAAAAAUGUUCGAGCAGAUUUUCCACAUCGCUUAUGCAAAUAACGCCUGCUCGGUUAGCGGCCAUACAAAUAUGGCUCGGCUGGAUGGUCACUCGGUUCCGAUCGCGUGCUCCUCAGAAUUUUGUUUGCGAAUCCAAAUCAUUAAGCUCAUUCCAGUGUAUCCGCCUUGAGAAAUAAAAACCAGCUUUUCAAGUAAAUAAGUCUACCUCUAUGUAUAUAAGAGCCAGGAAGGUCCGACUGGCAUGACUAUCAAUGUCAGUCAGUUCGAACUGAACCAUCUUUACUAAACAAAAACAGUAAGUGAGUAUGAGAAGCCCCGUCGUUUUUAAAAAAUGAUUGAGUUCGAAAGAAGACCGGAAGCCGAAAAAAGGCGGCCUCCGUUUUGUGUGUUUGUCAAACUUUACGGAAAUUUGUUGUUAGGUAAACCACUGAUUACGUUGCUUAUUGGUGAUUGCACCUCAAGGAGACGAAGCAGAAUUCUGCUGUUUGGAAACCAGCAGCAGCACCAUCAGUGCGCCAUCACCACAACCACCAAUACCACUACAACCGCCAACACCACCACUGUCACUACCAUCACAACAACCACCACUAUCGCACCACCGCCACCACAACCACCAGUACCACUACCACCGCCACCGCCACCACCACCACCACCACCACCACCACCACCAACACCACCACUACCACUACCACUACCACCACCACCACCACCAUCACCACCACCAUCAUCAUCAUCACAACCACCACUCCAACCGCCGAUACCACUACCGCCACAUUCCGCUGUUUGA